GCAGGGGACACUCGUUGAUAACAACCGCAAACGCUUGUUCAAGCCAGAUACGGCCCAUCCCCGAACUAUCCAGCAACACCUCAAUGGAUUGACUACAACGACACAAUGACUUAUGUCUACGCACCCGAACCGCUGAUGCUCCCAGUGGGAGUAGAAACAUACGACUGUGCAUUGUCCCUUGUGCUCGGAUUCGAUCACCUGUUGAAAUCGGGCAUAAGUCUCGACACCAUCCUCUCAAACGCUGUCGACACUUCGUUCCUCGAGCCAUCCUUCUUUUUGAACUACACGUAUAAUGGCGCAACUGGCCCUCUCGAAUAUGAUUCGCAAGGAAAUCGACUCUACGGUGUAUAUGAUAUUUAUUCUGUGAUGAACAACAGCUUCAACGGGUGGCUCGAAGCAGAAAUUUACAUCGAUGCAACCAAUGCUUCAAGAACAUAUGUGUUGUUUGAAAACACGACCAGCUUUGGAACGGCCGUCUGGAACGUGACUUCGCCGCUCCUGAACAUUCCGGUGGACUUCCCUCCGCUGGUCUUCAUGAACCCGACACUGCUGAGUUCCAGGGGGGUGUUUGGGGCCAGCUUGGCCCUCAUCGCCUUGGCUACCGUUUCGGCGCUCUACCUCACAAUCCUGGCAGCACGCAAACACCAAAAACUGCGACUCUUCAACUCACUCUAUGUGAUAUCAGUGCACCUUGCCAUUAUCUUGUGCAUGCUAUCGGUUGUCUCGGAGCUCGGAGUUCCCUCUCAGGCCUUGUGUCGGCUGUUCAAGUACGGCAUGGAGAACAUCAAGAUUUCGCUCAUUGGAGGCUGCAUUGCAUCCAAGAUGCUUCGUUUCUUGAUGAUACGCAGAAGCACCAAGAUAUCGCAGUCGGUUCUGCCGAACAAUCUCCUGCUCACGAUUGUAGCAGCCAUCUUGGCGAUCAACACUAUCAUCACCCUGCUCCUUGAUAUACUCUCAGUCCUGUCACCAGUCAAUGUGGCAACAAGCGCAGAUGGGCUCAGCGUCUAUGCAUUGUGUAUGGCAGCCGAUCACAGUAUCAACAGCAUCGUCAGCGGUCUUCAGAUAGGAUUCAACUCUGGAGUAUUUCUGGUUUCGGCAGUGUAUGCCGUCGAGCUGCGAAACUCGAUCUGCUACAGCUAUGAGGUCAAGUGGAUCAUGGCAAGCUCGAGCCUCGUCACGAUGAUCUACCUGCUCUUUGCGGUGUUCACGAACGUCUUUGUGUCAACCGGGAUGCGCUUGGCCUUCCACUUUCUGCUUGGUAUAGCGCUCGUUCCCCUGGUGGUGCCCGUCUACAUGACUGCAGCAUUUGAGUCUGUGUCGCUCAGAUCAGGUGGAACAUUUCGCAAUACUUCGAGCAGCGGCCCCUCGGCGAUAAUGGGCAUGAGCAAGCUGGAACAGAUGGAAAUCAGAUCAAGUGUAAAAUCGCGAACCGACUCGGCGAUUUCAACGAUGCUUUUCUCGACAGUGAGACUGUCGCGACACAGCCGAGACCUUGAACGUGGCAAGAGCGACGUUGGCAUAUUUGACCUCCAUGUGGUGGACAAACGCAUAUUCAUCUUCUCCCCAAGCAAAGUGGUUUCCGUCGACCAGUCAAAGGCGGCUACCCAUAUCUUUGAGAUUCCGUAUGUGACUGUCUCGGCAGAUGGGCUUCUGAGCAGCAGAUCCCAAGGCGAGGACACCGCCAACACUUCCCAGGCAGAGCACCCCGACGAACUCUUCAAAAUCACAGACUCCAGAAUGGCCUAUAUUGUCGAGAUAGUGCACUCUCGUGAGCUUAAAAACAAAUGAUUCAUUGGUGUGAACGUCAUGUCAGAUUCAGCUCUUGCGAUGUCAGGCUUACCGCUGGCUCACUGAUGGAAGUGUACCAAUCGGCUGGCCUGUGGUGGACCUUCGUAGCAU